AUGCCACAAUGGACGCUCCUGUCUAUACAUGCCCACCAGGCCUACACGAGAUACCCGCCAAUCAACUUGAUCUACGCCCCGAUUAUGAAGUCGAUCAUGAACUACUCAAUCCCCGGAAAAUUGCAAACGAGAAGAAUAUUUGGUUUUUCUGGCGCUCAGGAUACAGAAGCAUGCACUCUUACACGAAACGCAAUAUCCGAGGCUAGCAUCGCCGUUUCUUGCGCCUUCAUCGACAACUGCCUCUCGGGCGAGUACGCGCUGCCGCACACAACCGACCUCGUACGGUUUCCACUCCUCCUCAAGUACGGCGGUGUCUAUGCCGACGUGGGCUUGAUUCAGAUCGGAGACUUGGACCGCAUGUGGAUCGAAACCGUGGCCAACCCGGCUUCCCCGGUCGAGGCUCUCUCACUCUUGUUAAAGCUGUGGGAAGAACGGACUAGUAUCGAAGGGAUGUCGAAGAGUCCGUUGCUCAAAGGUGUUCCGUUCAUGAACCCCUCAGCGAGUUUCGAGGAGGAUGGCAAGACGUUCAGUCCCGGCGAAGUCAGCACCCUGUUGACGGACUUCAUCAUUCAAGGCCAGGUCAUGUCAUUGGUCAUGGGUCUUGUCGAUGAGGAAGAGAAAUGGAACGGUCCCGAAUAUGUGGCCCGACACAUCUUCGGCAUCGACUACAUGGUCGGAUCGCAGCUUAUCAACGAUCUGACAGCCUGGAAUGGGACCAAGGCGUUCGAGUUAAUGUCGCUUCGCCUGCCACAGGAAGGGGAGACCGAAUCGGAGGACCAAAGGUUCGCGAGGGAGAUUGUGGAGGCAUUGUUUGGAAAUACGCUUGGAUCGCUUUGGAGACAGCAUGAUGGGUCGAAUAAUGCUCCUCACACUUACGCCCACUGGUUGCGAUACGGCGUGGUGCAUUGGAAUCAAGAUGAACUCCCAUCGGCGAAGGAUUUCGUGGUCCCGGAACCAUAUAAAAGAGGUCCUCUGCUACGGGAUGAGUGA